GACAAGAGAACAAUAACUAUAAAACAAUACCGAAACAGACAAAACCUAAUAAAACCUUUCGGUCUUUAAAGUCUCGAUAACAUCUACUUACACAAGUCUCUCUCUUUCUUUCAUUCUCUCUCUCUUCCAUAGAAAACUACAAUAUGAAGAAGCUCUACAGAAAAGGAACCGUACACCCAUCGCCGCCGCCGCAGAUAAAAUCCGACGACCACCUUUAUUCUCUUCUUCCGGUCGCUAUCUUCUCACUAGCGGCAGUUCUCUCCCCGGAAGACCGUGAAGUUUUGGCCUAUCUCAUAUCAACCGCUUCUUACUCCGGCGACCGAAACCCUACCUCUCGUCUGAAUAAGACCAAAGCUCACAAGAAAGCUCAUUUCGACAAUCACUCGCCUCUCUUUAACUGUGACUGUUUCAGCUGCUACACGAGUUAUUGGGUCAGAUGGGACUUGUCACCGAGUCGUCAGCUUAUUCACGAAAUCAUCGACGCUUUCGAAGAUAGCUUGGAGAAGAAGAAGAACAACAACAAAAAGAAGAACGUGACCGGUAAGAAAGAUCGGAGAAAGCGUCCUGUGAAGUCUUCUUCUUUGCUUCUUGCUAGCUCUAGCUUUGGUGCGGAUGAUUCGGAGAUUCCGAGUCGACUCGGUGAGUCAGUUGUGAAUUCGUGUCCGUGUUCAAGUGAGUUGGGUGAUGGUGGUGGUUGCAACGGCGGUUUGGAACCAACGGAGGAGUUUUGUGGUGGAGAUGCUCGUCAAGAAGCGGAAGAGGAGGAGGAGAAGGGGACCGUAAGGAGAUUUGUGAGUUUCAUUGGUGAGAAAGUUUUUGGUGUUUGGGGAUAAGAAAAUUUUUGCCGAUAAAAUGGCUUACAAUAUUUAAUGAAAUAAAAAGCUAAAAAUGUUUUUUUCUUCUUUUCAUAGUUGUGAAUUUAUUCACUUGGAUGAUAUGAUAUCUCUAGGGCAACAUGUUGUUAGAUUACCCCAAAGUUUUCCAGUGGAAUCAUUUAAUUUGUGUUUAUAAUGCGACAACAGUAUCAUUGUAUUAUAACAUUUUGAUUAGUAAAAUCGUACGUAUUUAUUACGCU